UCGAAGCAGUUGGUGUUCAGCUUAAAUAAUUUUAGAAUGAUUAUUUGUUACUCUUGACUGCAGCUUUUCUUUAUUCAAACAGACAUCGACUAAAUUGUUUUACUCGAAAGCGAUCGGCCAGGCUAUAUUACAACUUUUAGCUUGACUGAAUUAUGUUAAAGUACAAAUUCGACAGAAUUUAUCCGACAAUCUUGCGAUAUGUUUUGGAUAAGAGAGGAUGGAUAAGGGCUAAAGCGGAGGACCAAGACUGGAAUCUUUAUUGGAGAAACGGCCGCUUUUCGCUUCAGGAAGUAACCAAUGCCUUACCUCAUCAACAUUUUAAUCAUUUUAUCAAUUCUGGAAUGAUUACUCGAAAGGCCGGUACUACUCACUAUCUCAAGCAAAUGAGGAAAAUUUAUGGAGAAAUAUACGAUUUUAUUCUUCCUAGCUUUGUUCUAAACAAACGCAAUUUAGACGAAAUCGCAAUAAGGCUGAAUGAAGAGACGAACAGUCGUCUCUGGAUAGUCAAGCCUAGCAAUGGCAGCCAAGGAAAAGGAAUUCAACUGGUUUCCAAUCUAAAAGAUAUUCAACUUGUCGACCCCGAGAGAAUAUACGUUGCUCAAUUGUAUAUACCUAACCCGUGGCUCAUCAGUGGCUACAAAUUCGACAUCAGAAUUUAUGUUUUGGUCACCAGUUUUCACCCAAUGACUAUUUACCUUUACAAAGAAGGCUUGGUUCGAUUCGCUACUAAAAAAUUUGAACUAAAUUCUCAGCACGUUGAUUUGAAGUCUUUUGAAGAAAAGUACAGGCAUCUCACCAACACCUCUAUCAAUAAGUAUAGCCCAAUUUUUUUUUCCAACUCUAACAACUUGCUGGUCAGUGGUACCCAGCACCUUAAAGACAACUCUGGAGCCCACCUUGGAUCCCCAUCAGUAGAAUUUGACAAAGAAAUUACUCAGGCUUUAGGACUGGGCUCCAGUUUCAGAAGAACGCUCCGCCAGCUGGUCGGAUACAUGCAUCGACAAGAUAUGGAUUAUAGAUCCAUUUGGGAACAAAUCAAAAAGAUCGUCAUAUUGACUCUUUUGCCAUUGGCUGAGCACGUUCCAAAAACGCAUACUCGCUGCUUUGAGUUAUACGGGUUUGAUAUUAUGUUGGAUAGUUCGCUCAAGCCUUGGCUAAUAGAAGUCAAUUUUUCCCCUAGUCUGGGAGGCAAUAGCAUCACAGAUCAAAGCAUAAAAGAAGGGCUGCUUGAAGAUGUAAUUGAUGUUCUCAACAUUCGUCCAGCAAAGGCUGACCCGGCAUCUCCCAAUUUUGAAAAGGAGAAAUACAUCGAAGAGUUUUAUGAUUUUCUUGCGCGCGGUCCAUCCAGGAGAGAGGAAUGCGCAAAUGCCUCGUUCUCGCAAGCCAGAGGUAAUUUUGAAAUGAUUUUUCCGUUUAACAGGGAGACGUUGGAGAUUUCGAGCGACUAUGAAGAGCCAGAGCGUAUCAGAGAGCAAAGAGAAGCGAUUAUCAAUCAAGUUCAGAAAAAGUACAUAGCGCCUUUUAGAAAAAAUAACUGACUUUUUUGACAGCCAAGUGGUUAGGAAAUGCCGCCGAUUCCUAUUCACGCUAAAAAAAGAGGUGCCGAUAUUAAUCUGCCAAGCCUUCCGAUUUUUAGUAGUAGACAUUGAUUCCACCAGUUGGACUAACUCGUUUUCGGUCCAAUUACAACUGUUGAUGACCAAAUAGCUCUGCUCCGGUUUCAUGAGCGAGCACACUGCGCAGAUGUAGCGCAUUCGCAUAUCCUUCACGCAGUUCAAGCAUAUCGCAUCAAAUGUCCCUUUAUCGAAAAUUAGGUCGUAAUUCGAACUAAGCAAGGUGUUCUCGGAAAGGCCAGCCAGAUCCACAAUAUCAAGUACGAACAAAGAAACAGGGCAUUCGCUCAGUUUGAAUCUAGACCGUAAAAAUUUUUGCCCAAGCUCAAUACCAAAUUUCGAAUAGUCUACACCAUGCAAAGUUUUAAAGCUAUGUUUUUCAACAAGGUAAAUAAGGGUUUUUGCAUUCCCACAUCCAAUAUCUAGAAUUUUGGACUCUAAGCUUAGACCAGGAAAGGUUUGUGUGUUGGUAGGGUUCUCUCUAUCGCAUCCAAGCGCUAUCCAAUCACAAACCUUUUCAUUCACCUCUUCUCCGAACCAACAUUCACUAGUGUCCGCGUCUUCAAAGUCGAAUAGUUCCGCAGUGUAGAAUUCAUCCCAGCUAAAUAUGAGAGGUUAUGUAUCAGGUUAAUACAAAGGAGCAAUAAACUUAAAAUAACGCAGUCUGGAGCA